GGCUAAUAUGUAGCAUUACUAAAUAAUUAGAGCCAUUAAUUAACACAGAGAUUGCUCUAUCUAUGUACCUGUAACUGCAAGUAACUAAUUCUAACCAUGAAUAACCGUUUUUCCCUCCCAAAAGAAUAGUAAUAUUCCUUUCUCUCUUUUCUCUCUUGAUUGAAGUUGGAAAAUUAAGCAUGUCAAAGGUGGUGGUUUAUCUCUUGAUAGCCACCGCCAUAUUGGGCUUCAUAGUCUUUUCACCAUGUAACCCUAACGAGGAACCCAAUGCUCGCCUUAACCGGAGGCUAGGGUUUAUGCUACAAGAUCGAGCACCGCACUUUGAUCCUCUCAUGGUGAAGAUCAAGACGCAUCCUCCUCGGAGUUUAGACAACAGCUCAUCAGUCAAGGAUGUUGCGGACACCUACCAGUAUCUGACGUCGGCCGGAAGAUUGAACACGACGCUGCGAUUGAUUAUCUUGUUUCCGUUGCUGGAUCGAGAGCCCAAGGAUGGUGCCGUUAGUUUCAAUGAGUUGCAGGCUUGGAUCACGCAACGUGCCAUGGAGAGGUUGGAUUAUGUCACGCAGGCUGAGUUGGAUUCCAAAGACAUGGAUCAAGAUUCAGCUCUCUCUUUCCGAGAGUAUUUGCCUAAUUUUUCUCAGAACGAUAUAGAGAAAAGAGAGAUGGGGCAUGGUGAAGCAGGAUGGUGGAUGGAGAAAUUUAAUACUGCAGAUAUUGAUCACAAUGCAGUUCUCAACUUCACAGAGCUUAGAGACUUUUUGCACCCUGAAGAUAGUGAAAAUCAAAAUAUGUUGAAAUGGUUGUUACGAGAUAGACUUAAGCGAAUUGAUGAUGGAACCGAUGGGAAACUUGAUUUCAAAGAAUUUGAAGACCAUGUAUAUGUGACAUACGAAAGUUAUAUGGACUUUGAAAGUAAUGGAACGAAUGUACCCAAUGCAAAGGACAAGUUUUCUGAGCUUGAUGUGAAUAAGGACCAAUUCUUGUCACCGGAAGAAUUAAUACCAAUACUCCCUUAUCUCUACCCAGGAGAGCUAGCUUAUGCUAGAUAUUACACCUACUAUUUAAUGAAUGAGGCUGAUGACAAUAAAGAUGGAAAAUUAUCACUGGAAGAAAUGCUUGAUCAUGAAUUUAUUUUCUACAGCACAGUUCAUGCUGAUGGCCAUUCGGAAAGUGAUGAUGAACAUGAUGAGCUUUGAAGUUAAAUGUUUUAAAAACAAGGUUACAAGUGUACUUAAAUAGUUUUUUUUUUUAAUUUUGUAAAGUAUGCGAUUCAAUUCAAUGCUUUUUUCUUUUCCUAUUCUUUUAAAGAAGACACAAACCAAAACUAAUCAAUAAGUUUUGGCAUUAAAAUUG